UCGACCGGAUGGAGCACCUGGUGAGAGCACAUGCGGUCGUCGCACCACUCCCACCACGAGCCCCGCUGCGGCGUCUGCGGCAAGCACUGCCGCUCCAUCGACGCCUUCCGCGACCACCUCGGCUUCGGAGCCUCCCUGCCCGCCAAGCCCGCCUGCGCCACCGCCUUCCAAGCCCGCUCUGCCUCGCCGUCUUCCCCACCUCCGCCGCCCUCCGCGCCCACCGCCCAGCCUGCAAGCUCUCCGGCGCCCCCCAUCCUUCCUCGGUGCAGAGCCUCACCCGGAGCAUGUCGAGGAUGGGCGUUCGGGGCGGCGAGGGCGCGGUGGCGCUGGGGUGCAAGAUGGUGGGCGGCGAGAGCGACGGCACGCUCGACGUGUGCGCGCGCGUCUGCGUCGUCGACGAGCACGAGGCCAUCCUGUACGAGAGCUUCGUGAAGCCGCUCAUCCCGGUGACGCACUACCGGUACGAGACCACGGGCAUCCGCCCCGAGCACCUUCGCGACGCGCCCACGGUGAAGCAGGCGAUGCGGCGGGUGCAGGACAUCCUCCUCAACGGCGAGCAGUCCUACUCCUCCUGCGGCGCCGCCCGGCUCCUCGUCGGCCACGGACUAGAGCACGACCUCGACGCGCUGGGCAUGGACUACCCGGCGCACCUGAAGCGGGACACGGCCGCGUACCCGCCGCUGAUGAAGACCAGCGCCAGGCUCAUGAGCAACUCGCUCCGGUAUCUCACGCGGACCUGCCUGGGCUAUGAGAUACAGACCGGCGGCCACCAUCACCCCUACGACGACUGCGUGGCCGCCAUGCGCCUCUAUAAGAGGAUGCGCGCCAUGAGGGACCAGCACGGCCGGUCCAAGGACAACGAUGAUGACCCCACGGUCAAGGCCUUCCCGGCGUGGAGGCAGCGAGAGCUGGAGCGCAUGUCGCCGGAGGAGCUCCUCGCAAUGUCCAAGCCCGACUACCGAUGUUGGUGCCUCGACGACGACCGGCGAUGCUGA